UGCUAAUCAAGGAGCAUGUGCAUUUCGCAAGAGGUGCUGUGGAAUUUCGCAGGAGGAACCACCAAGGAAAAUAGUUGAAAUUGAUGUUUCUGGACAAACAAAACUGCACCAUGCUGUCAAAUGUAAAGAUGCGGCUGCUGUUCUCACUAUCUCCACAAACGAGAGGGAUCUGGUUGGUGUCCAGGACAAGUUUGGACAGACAGCUCUUCACGUGGCUGCAAGGUGGGGCUACGCUGACAUUGGCAGAAUGCUGCUUGCCGAGGGCGCCUGCACCCACGUUCAGGAUCGAUUCGGCCGAACGCCCCUCCACUUGGCCGUGAUCUGGGGCAGGUGGGCUGCGGCCGAAGUCAUCUGUGGCAAUGACGAAACUAACAGACUGCAGGACAGGAAAGGAAGGACUGCUUUAUAUUACGCCACGGAAAGGGGAUGUGAAGGAAUUGUGCAGAAGCUGCUGGCGACCAGAGCCACUGCUUUGGAUUCUUUGAUAGAGAAAGUUGCAGAAUCACUCCCAGACGUUAAGCUCGUCGAUGUGCAAGACAACGACGGAGAUACCGCUUUGCACAUGGCUGCCAGAGGGGGUCAUACCAAGAUCGUCGAGAUGCUGCUGGCGGCUGGCGCCUGUACCCGCAUUCAGAAUCGUCUGGGCCGUACUCCCCUCCAGCUGGCUCUGAAAUGCAGAAGGCAGAGCACGGCUGACAUCAUAUGCGAGAAUGAUGAUGCCCACGACCUGCAGGACAAAGGAGGACGCACUGCCUUGCACUAUGCCGCGAAGAAUGGACAGGCUGGAAUUGUGAAAAAGUUGUUGUUUCUGGACGCUCAUCCUCACCUAAUGGACAAUCAGGGGAAGAGUCCCUUAGAAUUCGCUCUGAAGCGGGGAGACGACGACCUGGUGAAGCUGAUCAUGUCUUCUGUCGUCUUACGGGACAUAGCGAUUAAAUGGAAGGAUUUGAAUGUCGACCGAGAUGACAUCGAGUAUUGCGCCAGACUGGAGGCAGAAUGCAUCACGGAACUGCAACAGAUGAAGGGAAUGAAAAUAGACAGAACUACAAUCUCUUAUUAUAAUAUCGUCAGGAGACCGGUGAGCAAGGUGGCAGUGUACCUCGAGAAUGAUGAUGUUACAAACGAUCCGUUGCUUCGUGGAAACGCUGCGCAGGUUUUCCCGAACUACGCGGAACGAAUUGGCUUUAGAGUGAGAUUAGCUGCGGUGAGGAGCAUGCUGACGGACCAGUGUCAUGAAUGCUUCGCCAUGUUAUCCAAGAAGUUACCUUGUAUCCCAAGAACGAGCAUUGACAAAAUUUUUACACUUUUGAGUGAACGAGAAAUGCGAAACUUCAUCAAAGCUUUCAGUUGUUGAAAUUAUUAAUAUUGAAUCCCCAUCAAUUUUGCCUAACUUGCCUAGGUGAAGUAAAAACAAAAAAGCUAAAAUUGAAACUGAUUUGCAGUUGCAAGUCAUAAAAGAAGAGGGAAUUCCCCUUAUUUGAAUGGAUGCAAUUUUAGAAAUAUUUACUGAUAUUGCCGGUGAAGAGUUCAUUAGAAAACUGCUGCAUAUUAUUAGAUGAAUGUGAAAAUUCUGAUUCGCGUCAUGGUUAACGAUAUUUCGUCUUUCAAUAACUUCGACUGUGAACGGGAUUCAUUUUGAAAUUGAGUGUAACGAAGGUGGCACCGUACCAAAUACUUUAUU